CUAUUUGUGGAGCGACUCCAAAACAAAUUUUAGAAAUUGAUAAUUUUAACGCUCCACAGUUUGCUCCAAAAAAGACAGACAAUUUACGAUAUGGUAUAAGCCCUCUUCACGCAUGGAUUCGAUUUUUCGAAUGCGUAAUUCAUAUUUCCUACCGAAUAGAAGUACAAAAGUGGCAAAUAAGGCAGCCAGAUAAAGAAAACUUCCUUCGCCGUAAAAGAGAGGUACAAAAAUUAUGUUGGGAACAAUUGGGAUUGCAUAUUGAUAAGCCUAAACAAGGAGGAUUCGGCAACUCUAAUGACGGAAACACCGCUCGUCGAGCAUUUCAGCAAGCUGAAAUAUUGGCAGAUAUCACAAAAAUAAAUGCUGCAUUAAUCAACAAUUUUAGAAUCAUUUUAAUCACCAUAUCAUGCCAAUUCCCAAUAAAUUUAAAUAAAUUUGAGCAGUUUUGUUUUGAAACCGCUAAAAUAUUUAAAGAAAAUUAUUCUUGGUACCCUAUGCCUCCAACUGUGCAUAAAGUGCUUAUACAUGGAAGACAAAUAGUAGAACAUAGUGUUCUACCCCCUGGAUGUUUAGGAGAAGAAGGUCCGGAAGCCAGAAACAAAAUUUACAAAUAUGACCGACAAUUCCAUGCCAGAAAGGAUAGCCGCAACCAUAAUCUUCAGGAUAUAUUUAACAGGGCAAUGGAAACUUCAGAUCCUCUGAUAUCGAGUAUCAGUUUAAGAAAUCGAAUACAAAAACGAAAAUUGAAAAAACUGAAUCUGUCUGCAGAAGUUUUGUCAUUAUUACGUCCGCCAUCUACGGAACCAGAAGUAACGCCAACGACAUCCGCAACUAUAGAAGAAUCAACAGAUAACGAGGAAGAUUUCAAUGAAGAUGAUGAAGAUAAUGACGAUAUGGCUGAAACAUUGCCUGUAUUUAGGGAUCUAGAUAACUUUGAAUUGGAUACGGACGAAAUAUAGAAAGCUAGGACAAACUUUUGAAUUUUGGCCACAAAAACUGGCUUUCCGGACCACUGUGCACUGCCAGCGGGUACGGCG